UAGUUCUUCCUGUUUCCUAAAAUAGCUGUAAAACCUCUGCGGUGUCAGUUUACACACUCUGACCCCGACGUUAAUGAUUAAAAAAAAGACAUCUGAUGCACUUUAUACUGAACUUAAAUGUGUAAAGGUGAGAGGAUAACCUAAUGAAGGGCGAAUAAGAGGAUAUGAUAAGGAUAUAAACCGAUUAGCCGUGAUGGCUGCACUCUGAGCAAAUGGACUCGCGUUCUUGUUUUUUACGACGUGGUUCUCCAGCCGAGCACAAAAAUCACAGAAAGUGUGCUCCUUUUCCCGUAUCCGCCUCUGAGCGAUGAGCUGUACACACCAUCAGCUGACACGAAGGAGGCACACACACACACACACACACACACACACACACACACGCUCAGGACCAGCCAUGGCUCUCAUACACACUCUCAUUCUGCUCUCAUGCGCGGGGAAAGUUUGGUCCAAAUCCGGCCCGAGUGGGUCUCGAGUCUAUCUGAACAAUAUCACACGGAUUCUGGACAGACUGCUGGAUGGAUACGACAACAGACUGAGACCAGGUUUUGGAGGUCCCGUCACAGAAGUCAAAACGGACAUCUUCGUCACCAGCUUCGGUCCCGUGUCUGACGUGGAAAUGGAGUACACCAUGGACGUGUUUUUCCGCCAGACGUGGAUAGACGAGCGUCUGAGGUUCGAGGGUCCCAUCAAGAUCCUGCGUCUUAACAACCUGAUGGUAAGCAAUAUCUGGACUCCGGAUACAUUUUUCCGAAACGGCAAACGCUCCAUCGCUCACAACAUGACGACUCCGAACAAGCUGUUCCGUAUCAUGCAGAAUGGAACCAUCCUCUACACCAUGAGAUUAACCAUCAAUGCCGAGUGUCCGAUGAGACUCAUCAACUUCCCCAUGGAUGGACAUUCCUGUCCUCUGAAGUUCGGCAGCUACGCUUACCCGAUGAGUGAGAUAUUGUACACUUGGAAGAAAGGGCCCUUAUUUUCUGUGGAGGUGCCACCGGAGUCGUCCAGCCUGCUGCAGUACGACCUGAUCGGACAGACGGUGUCGAGCGAAAAGCUCAAGUCCAGCACGGGUGAAUACAUCGUCAUGACCGUUCACUUUCAUUUGCAGAGGAAGAUGGGUUUCUUCCUGAUUCAGACCUACAUCCCCUGCAUCAUGACCGUCAUCCUCGCUCAGGUUUCCUUCUGGAUCAACAAAGAGUCCGUUCCUGCCAGGACCGUCUUCGGCAUCACUACAGUGCUAACGAUGACGACUCUGAGUAUUAGCGCUCGACACUCGCUGCCUAAAGUCUCCUACGCCACCGCUAUGGACUGGUUCAUUGCCGUGUGCUUCGCCUUCGUCUUCUCUGCCCUCAUCGAAUUUGCCGCCGUGAACUACUUCUCCACCGUGCAGGCCAACCGAGAACACCGCCGUGCCAACGCUGUCCAAGCUGCCCAAGCUGCCAUGGCAACCGCCGCCAAGAGCGACAGCAUAGAUGUUACGUCGCUGGUGGACUCCAGCAGUGUUCUGAAGAAAAGGCUGAACUCAGUGCCGCAGAAGGAGAGCUCCAUGGUUCCUGCAAGCCCAGUGCAUGAGUUACGUCAGCAGGGUUCAGCCACGCCCGAUAACGCCAUGCUAACUGGCACCAGCAUCAUUGAUAAAUACUCACGCAUCCUCUUCCCUCUGUCCUUCGGCGCCUUUAACCUUGUUUACUGGAUCGUUUACCUCACCAAGGACCCCAUGGAGACAAGGUGUGUGUAUAUGUAUGUGUGUAUGUGUAUGAGUGUGUGUGUGUGUGUGUGUGAGUGUGCGUGUGUGAUGUGUGAUGUGUAGUAUGUGAGUAUACACUAUUGCAUUUCAUAUAGUACACACUAUACUCCCUUACUCCCUUAAUAUGUGUGUGUAUGUGUGUGUGUGUGUAUGUGUGUGUGUGUGUGUGUGUGUGAGAGAGAGAGAGAUGCAAAAUUAAAUUGAAUUGUUUUUUAUUAAAAAAUGUAAUAAAAAUUUAAUUAUUAAUCACAUUAUUUUUACUUGAUCUUAUUUUAUAUAUUUCAUGUUUAUUUAUGUACUUAUUUAUUUACAUGUCUAUCUAUCACUUGAUUUAAUUUUGGCAUACUGUUUGAUUUUUUGUUAAUUUUGUUAUUUAUGUAUCUAUUUGUUAAUCAGUUUGCUUUGUUUAAUAAUGAAUUUCUUUAUUAGUUUAAAGAUUUAUUUUAUUUAUCUCUUUAUUUGCUUAAGAAGUUUCCUUAAUUUGUGGAUUGACUGGUUUUACUUUUGCAGAAGUUUUGCUUUUAAUUUCUUUCAUUUGAAAAUAUUUAUUUAAUGAUGUUUGCUUAUUUAUUUAUCUGUAGAAUUGUUCAUUUGUUUAUUUAUUAAUUUAUUUAAUUGAUUAAUUAAUCAAUAUUUUUUUCUAGCUACUUCAAGUAUUUUUGCUGUAUUAUUUAUUCAUUUGUUAGUUUCUUAUUUGUUAUUUAGUACUGGUUGAUGUUGUUGUUUGUUUAUUUAUUUUUACUGUUCGUGUUUCUGGAAUAUAAAAAAAAAAUGGUGGCAAGUCUCAAACAUCUUCAAGAGCGGUGACAAAAUAUUCUGCGUCGUAUUCUGCCCUCUAUUAUUUCUGUGUGUGUGUGUGUGUGUGUGUGUGUGAGAGAGAGAGAGACAGAGUGUGUGAGUGUGAUAGUGUGUGUGUGUAUUUGUGUGUGUGUGUGUGAGUGUGAUAGUGUGUGUGUGAGUCUGUGUUAGUGUGAGUGUGUGUGUGAGUCUGUUUGUGUGUGAGUGUGUGUGUGAGUAUGUGAGUGUGAGUGUGUGUGAGUGUGUGUGAGUGUGAGUAUGUGAGUGUGUGUGAAUGUGUGUGAGUGUGAGUGUGUGAGUGUGUGUGAGUGUGUGUGAGUGUGAGUGUGAGUGUGUGUGAGUGUGUGUGAGUGUGUGAGUGUGAGUAUAUGAGUGUGUGUGAGUGCGUGUGUGUGUGUGUUUAGAGGACUGGACUGUGUAUCAAACUGCAUCUUAUCAAAGUCAGGAGAUUUACACACUAUUCAGAAGUUAGGUGAGAGUUACGCACGUGGAGGCGGAGUUUAUCUAGAACAGGGGCGUGUCUCGGUUCCGCUCGAUUCUGAUCUUGAGCUUAAGCGCAUGUUUGUUGUGUGAUAUCGGCUGGAGUGAGGAGCGGUGGUAAGUCCAGCGCCACCGUCUGACAGUAUGAUGGAACGACAAUAUGUCAGGCUGAAAUGUAUGUUCUGGCUGUAAAUCCACUCACACACUGUGGAAUGUCAUUCGAAGACAACAAUAAAUACACUAAUAUCACACAAUUCAUUCAUUAAUAAUAUCUUCCAUUAAAAUCUCAUGAAAAGUUUUUUUCACACAAAACACAUGGGAGGAGACGUACCUUCAUCAGAGACAUGGCUUAUCUGGAGGAGUGAAUAUUUUCUGGAUGAAAUGAUGAAUGAAGUUAAAGUUUCUCUGUAAGUGUAGCAGACACGCGCUAGGUUAGAUUAUCCUUCACACCGUGGGUGCGUUUUCUUUUCAGCAGAGCGCGUCGAAUUAACACACACGAU